AUGCAGGGAUCACAGCAGACCCCAGAGCGGGGUCAUACAGCCGCGACAGGGAAGAAUAAGGUCACCGAAAAGGAGACUCUCAAGGUAUCCCUCGAAAAGGUCUCUCCGAAACCGGGUGUUGCUAAAACACCGGUAAACCAAAGCAAGAUGAGCUAUGAAUCAGCUGCUGCCUCGACUCCUUUGAGGACCAAACAGUUGGUACCCGCGGGACCAAAACUUGUGAAGAAGAUCAGAACUAAAGCGGGAUCCGGCAAACAGCCAAAAGCUGGUGUGAAACCGACGGUGCAGGGGGCAAAGGCCCCCAGUGUUAUGUUCAAUAAGAAUACAACCCCAGUUCCAAUUGUUCCAAUGAAAGCAGUAAAAACGGUGGGGCGACCUUCCAGCGUCACACCCGAAGCAGACAUCGAUACGCAGGGAGUGACUGGGGUGAAAACGAUCCCUGAGAAAGCAUUCCCUACUCCGGCUAAAUUCGCUGAUCAGACGCUGACACCGAUCGCGACCUCUAGGUCUACUCAGACUCCAGAGGCAAAAAUGGCUGAACUAGGAGACCAGGGACACGGCCUGGAAAGGGGGACGUUUGAUAGAUGUUCGGUGGUGACGGAAACUGGAGACCAGGGUGGCUCGAUAAUCAAUGAUACGGUUAUCGAAAUGGUAUCAACCCCCGCCAGGUCAGGGUCCAUCGAGAAGAAGGGUUGCUGCUUUAUGCAGGAUAUGGAGCAACUGUUUACGUUAAAAAACGUAGAUGGCCCUCGGGUGUGGCGGUCGAGGGCGUUGGAAAGUUGA